AAAAAGUGAAAGCAGAAAACAUAGAAGCUAGUAAAUGUCAUCUAUGAGCAACACAUUGAUGAGUUCACUUGCUAGAAGAGCCGCAUCCACAACAACAAUCCCCGUUUUUCAAAACCCGUUUCUGGGUUUGCGGUGCUUUUGUUCUUCCCCUUCCUCGUCCCCGUCCUCGUCCUCUACCACCUCCAACAACAAGCUUUUUGUCGGAGGAUUGUCGUGGUCGGUGGACGAGAAGUCCUUGAAAGACGCUUUCUCUUCCUUUGGGGAGGUCAGUGAAGUGAGGAUACUGUAUGAUAAAGACUCCGGCCGGUCUAGAGGCUUUGGAUUUGUUCACUUUUUGAAGGAAGAAGAUGCUGUAAGUGCAAAAGAUUCCAUGGAUGGAAAGGCAUUGCUGGGUCGACCUUUGAGGAUAAGUUUUGCUCUUGAAAAAGUCCGCGGCGUGCCUGUUGUUGUUCCUCGCCUUUCCAACGUGGGAGACAGUUUCAAUCGUGGUGCUUGAAGGACACACUAACUAUGGUAGUCAAUGUUGUAUGAAGAA